GACUGCUUUCACUAAAAGACGUCGUCAUCCUAUUUUCAUGAAACUGAUCUUGCUUAAUCGGAGAUGGAGCAAACAGACUGCAAGCCCUACCAGCCUCUGUCAAAAGUCAAGCAUGAAAUGGAUCUAGCUUAUACCAGUUCUUCUGAUGAAAGUGAGGAUGGAAGAAAACCAAGACGUUCAUACAACUCCAGGGAAACUCUGCAUGAGUAUAACCAGGAACUGAGGAUGAAUUACGAUAGCCAGAGUAGAAAGAGGAAAGAAGUAGAGAAGUCUACUCAAGAGAUAGAAUUCUGUGAAACUCCUCACACUCUGUGCUCUGGCUACCAGACAGAUAUGCACAGUGUUUCUCGGCAUGGCUACCAGCUAGAGAUGGGAUCUGAUGUGGACACAGAGACAGAAGGUGCAACUUCUCCUGACCAUGCACUGAGAAUGUGGAUAAGAGGAAUGAAGUCAGAGCACAGUUCCUGUUUGUCAAGCCGAGCCAACUCUGCAUUGUCCUUGACGGACACUGACCACGAACGGAAAUCUGAUGGGGAAAAUGGUUUUAAAUUCUCUCCUGUUUGCUGUGACAUGGAGGCUCAAGCUGGACCUACUCAAGACAUGCAGAGCAGCCCGCACAACCAGUUCACGUUCAGACCCCUCCCUCCGCCUCCACCACCUCCGCAUGCCUGCACCUGUGCCAGGAAGCCACCCCCUACAGCGGACUCUCUUCAGAGGCGAUCAAUGACUACACGCAGCCAACCCAGUCCAGCUGCUCCAGCUCCUCCAACCAGUACACAGGACUCAGUUCAUCUGCAUAACAGCUGGGUCUUGAAUAGCAACAUACCAUUGGAGACCAGGCAUUUCCUCUUCAAGCAUGGAUCUGGUUCUUCUGCUAUCUUCAGUGCAGCCAGUCAGAACUAUCCUCUGACUUCCAAUACUGUGUACUCGCCACCUCCAAGGCCUCUUCCUCGAAGCACCUUUUCCAGACCUGCCUUCACCUUUAACAAACCUUACAGAUGCUGCAACUGGAAGUGCACAGCCCUGAGUGCCACUGCGAUAACUGUGACUUUGGCCUUGUUACUAGCUUACGUGAUUGCAGUACAUUUGUUUGGCCUCACUUGGCAACUGCAACCAGUUGAAGGACAGCUGUAUGAAAAUGGCAUUAGCAAAGGGAACAGAGGGACCGAGUCCAUGGAUACUACUUACUCUCCAAUUGGAGGAAAAGUUUCUGACAAAUCAGAGAAAAAAGUGCUUCAGAAGGGGCGAGCAAUUGACACCGGAGAAGUUGAUAUUGGUGCACAGGUCAUGCAAACCAUUCCACCCGGCUUAUUCUGGCGUUUCCAGAUUACUAUCCACCAUCCCAUAUAUCUGAAGUUUAAUAUUUCCUUAGCCAAGGACUCGCUUCUGGGAAUAUAUGGCAGAAGAAACAUUCCACCGACACACACUCAGUUCGAUUUUGUAAAGCUUAUGGAUGGCAAACAACUUGUCAAGCAGGACUCCAAGGGCUCUGAUGACAUGCAGCACUCUCCCCGGAACCUGAUCUUAACCUCCCUUCAGGAGACAGGGUUCAUAGAGUAUAUGGACCAAGGACCUUGGUAUAUGGCAUUUUACAAUGAUGGGAAAAAGGUGGAGCAAGUGUUUGUGUUAACUACAGCAAUCGAAAUAAUGGAUGACUGUUCAACUAAUUGCAAUGGAAAUGGAGAAUGCAUUUCUGGCCAUUGUCAUUGUUUCCCAGGAUUCCUUGGACCUGACUGUGCCAGAGAUUCAUGCCCUGUGCUGUGUGGUGGGAAUGGAGAAUAUGAAAAAGGACACUGCGUCUGCCGGAAUGGCUGGAAGGGGCCAGAGUGUGACGUUCCAGAAGAACAAUGCAUUGAUCCAACGUGCUUUGGCCACGGCACCUGCAUCAUGGGAGUCUGCAUCUGUGUGCCAGGAUAUAAAGGAGAAAUAUGCGAGGAAGAGGAUUGCUUGGACCCGAUGUGCUCCAGCCAUGGCAUCUGUGUAAAAGGAGAAUGUCACUGCUCUACUGGCUGGGGAGGAGUGAACUGUGAAACUCCACUUCCCGUAUGUCAAGAGCAAUGCUCAGGACAUGGGACUUUUCUUCUGGACACUGGAGUAUGCAGCUGUGAUCCCAAGUGGACAGGAUCAGACUGCUCAACAGAACUCUGUACCAUGGAGUGUGGUAGCCAUGGGGUGUGCUCAAGAGGAAUUUGCCAAUGUGAAGAAGGAUGGGUAGGACCAACAUGUGAGGAACGCUCUUGUCAUUCUCACUGUGCUGAACACGGCCAAUGCAAAGAUGGAAAAUGUGAGUGUAGCCCCGGAUGGGAGGGCGACCACUGCACUAUCGCUCACUACUUAGAUGCUGUUCGAGAUGGAUGCCCAGGGCUCUGCUUUGGAAAUGGGAGAUGUACACUGGAUCAAAAUGGUUGGCACUGUGUGUGUCAGGUGGGUUGGAGUGGGACGGGCUGCAAUAUUGUCAUGGAAAUGCUUUGUGGAGACAACUUGGACAAUGAUGGAGAUGGUUUGACCGACUGUGUGGACCCUGAUUGUUGUCAACAAAGCAACUGUUAUGCAAGUCCUCUCUGUCAGGGCUCACCAGAUCCUCUUGACCUCAUUCAGCAAAGCCAACCCCUCUUCUCUCAGCACACUUCAAGACUCUUCUAUGACCGAAUCAAAUUCCUCACUGGCAAGGACAGUACUCAUGUCAUUCCUCCAGAGCUCUCAUUCGACAGCAGGCGUGCUUGUGUAAUACGUGGCCAAGUUGUGGCUGUGGAUGGAACCCCUCUUGUGGGAGUGAAUGUCAGUUUCUUGCACCACAGUGAUUAUGGAUUUACCAUCAGCCGGCAAGAUGGAAGCUUUGACCUUGUAGCCAUUGGUGGCAUCUCUGUUGUCUUAAUCUUUGACCGUUCACCUUUUCUAUCUGAGAAGAGGACACUCUGGUUGCCCUGGAAUCAGUUCAUUGUGGUGGAGAAAGUAACCAUGCAGAGAGUGGUAUCAGGCCCACCAUCCUGUGAUAUCUCCAACUUCAUCAGCCCAAACCCUAUUGUGCUUCCUUCACCACUCACAUCAUUUGGUGGAUCCUGUCCAGAGAGGGGCACUAUUGUUCCUGAGCUUCAGGUUGUGCAGGAGGAAAUCCCUAUUCCUUCCAGCUUUGUAAGGCUGAGUUACCUGAGCAGCCGAACCGCUGGAUAUAAAACCCUGCUACGGAUCCUUCUGACGCACUCAACAAUUCCCUUGGGGAUGAUUAAAGUCCACCUCACAGUGGCUGUGGAAGGACGACUCACACAGAAGUGGUUUCCUGCUGCAGUUAAUCUUGUCUACACAUUUGCCUGGAACAAGACCGACAUCUAUGGACAGAAGGUUUGGGGCCUUGCAGAAGCUCUGGUGUCUGUGGGAUAUGAAUAUGAGACAUGCCCUGACUUUAUUCUCUGGGAGCAAAGGACAGUUGUUUUGCAAGGUUUUGAGAUGGAUGCUUCUAACCUAGGAGGCUGGUCCUUGAAUAAGCAUCACAUUCUGAAUCCUCAAAGUGGAAUCGUACAUAAAGGAAAUGGAGAAAAUAUGUUCAUUUCCCAACAACCUCCAGUGAUAGCAACCAUAAUGGGCAAUGGACACCAAAGGAGUGUAGCUUGCACUAACUGCAAUGGCCCGGCUCAUAACAACAAACUCUUUGCUCCAGUCGCCUUAGCUGCUGGGCCUGAUGGCAGUGUGUAUGUUGGUGACUUCAAUUUUGUAAGGCGAAUAUUUCCCUUGGGAAACUCAGUUAGUAUUUUGGAAUUAAGAAACAGAGAUACCAGACAUAGCACAAGCCCUGCUCACAAAUACUAUCUGGCUAUGGACCCUGUGUCUGAAUCACUCUAUCUAUCAGACACCAAUACUCGAAAAGUCUACAGGUUGAAAUCUCUUGUGGAAACAAAAGAUCUGUCAAAAAAUUUUGAAGUGGUGGCAGGGACAGGUGAUCAGUGCCUUCCCUUUGACCAGAGUCACUGUGGAGAUGGUGGGAGAGCAUCAGAAGCUUCACUGAACAGCCCUCGAGGCAUCACAGUUGAUAGGCAUGGAUUCAUUUACUUUGUGGAUGGGACUAUGAUUCGGAAAAUUGAUGAGAAUGCUAUGAUCACAACUGUAAUCGGCUCGAACGGUCUGACUUCCACACAGCCACUGAGCUGUGACUCAGGAAUGGACAUCACUCAGGUGCGAUUAGAGUGGCCAACAGACCUUGCAGUCAACCCCAUGGACAAUUCAUUGUACGUCUUGGAUAACAACAUUGUGCUGCAAAUUUCUGAGAACAGGCGAGUGCGGAUCAUUGCAGGACGCCCCAUUCACUGCCAGGUGCCAGGCAUCGAUCAUUUCUUGGUCAGCAAGGUCGCAAUCCAUUCUACUCUGGAGUCAGCCAGGGCCAUCAGCGUCUCCCACAGUGGGCUGCUCUUCAUAGCUGAAACAGACGAGAGAAAAGUGAAUCGCAUUCAGCAAGUGACCACCAAUGGAGAGAUCUCCAUCAUCGCUGGUGCCCCCACUGACUGCGACUGCAAAAUUGAUCCCAACUGUGACUGUUUUUCAGGUGAUGGUGGUUAUGCCAAGGAUGCGAAGAUGAAAGCCCCUUCCUCCUUAGCAGUAUCCCCUGAUGGUACCCUCUAUGUGGCAGACCUUGGGAAUGUUCGGAUUCGUACCAUCAGCAAGAACCAACCCCACCUGAAUGAUGUGAACCUUUAUGAAAUUGCCUCACCUGCUGAUCAGGAACUUUACCAGUUCACUGUGAAUGGAACCCACCUGCACACUCUGAACUUGAUAACAAGGGACUAUGUGUAUAACUUCACCUAUAAUUCUGAGGGUGAUUUGGGUGCAAUUACCAGCAGCAAUGGAAAUUCAGUGCAUAUUCGCCGUGACGCAGGUGGGAUGCCCCUUUGGCUUGUGGUGCCCGGUGGGCAAGUGUACUGGCUGACCAUAAGCAGCAAUGGAGUCCUGAAAAGAGUGUCAGCCCAGGGAUAUAAUCUGGCAUUAAUGACAUAUCCAGGAAACACUGGACUUCUAACUACGAAAAGUAAUGAAAACGGAUGGACAACUGUUUAUGAGUAUGACCCCGAGGGACACCUGACCAACGCAACGUUUCCCACUGGAGAGGUCAGCAGCUUCCACAGUGACCUGGAGAAGCUAACAAAAGUGGAGCUAGACACUUCUAACCGUGAAAACGUUCUCAUGUUAACCAACUUGACAGCAACUAGUACCAUAUAUAUUUUAAAACAAGAAAAUACUCAGAGCACCUAUCGAGUGAGUCCAGAUGGUUCACUGCGGGUCACCUUUGCCAGUGGGAUGGAAAUCAGCCUCAGCUCAGAGCCUCACAUCCUGGCUGGGGCAGUGAACCCCACCCUGGGUAAAUGCAACAUCUCUCUGCCUGGAGAGCACAAUGCAAACCUCAUUGAGUGGCGGCAGAGGAAGGAGCAAAACAAAGGCAAUAUUUCAGCUUUUGAAAGGCGGCUAAGGGCCCAUAACAGAAACCUGCUUUCCAUAGAUUUUGAUCAUAUAACUCACACCGGCAAGAUCUAUGAUGACCAUCGAAAAUUCACCCUUCGAAUUCUUUAUGACCAGACUGGGCGGCCUAUUCUGUGGUCUCCUGUUAGCAGAUAUAAUGAAGUGAACAUCACAUAUUCACCUUCCGGAUUGGUUACAUUCAUUCAAAGAGGAACGUGGAAUGAAAAAAUGGAAUAUGACCAGAGUGGAAAAAUAAUUUCAAGAACGUGGGCUGAUGGGAAAAUUUGGAGCUAUACCUACUUAGAAAAGUCUGUGAUGCUUCUCUUACACAGCCAGCGGCGCUACAUCUUUGAGUAUGACCAAUCAGAUUGUCUGCUCUCAAUCACCAUGCCCAGCAUGGUUCGUCACAGCUUACAAACCAUGCUUUCGGUGGGAUACUACAGAAACAUCUACACCCCACCAGACAGCAGCACAUCUUUCAUCCAAGACUACGGUCGAGAUGGCCGACUGCUACAGACUCUGCAUCUGGGGACAGGGCGCAGAGUUCUGUACAAGUACACCAAGCAAGCAAGGCUCUCAGAGAUUCUCUAUGAUACUACCCAGGUCACAUUAACAUAUGAAGAAUCCUCUGGGGUGAUUAAGACUGUACACCUCAUGCACAACGGAUUCAUCUGCACGAUCAGAUACAGGCAAACAGGACCGCUUAUUGGACGCCAGAUUUUCAGAUUCAGUGAAGAAGGUCUUGUGAAUGCACGGUUUGACUACAGCUACAACAACUUCCGUGUCACCAGCAUGCAAGCUGUGAUCAAUGAGACCCCUUUGCCCAUAGACCUGUACCGAUAUGUUGAUGUCUCUGGUAGAAUAGAGCAAUUUGGAAAGUUCAGUGUAAUUAAUUAUGACUUAAAUCAGGUGAUAACUACUACAGUAAUGAAGCACACAAAGAUCUUCAAUGCCAAUGGACAAGUCAUUGAAGUCCAGUACGAAAUCCUAAAAGCAAUUGCCUACUGGAUGACUAUCCAAUAUGAUAAUAUGGGUCGAAUGGUAAUAUGUGAUAUAAGGGUAGGUGUAGAUGCCAAUAUUACAAGGUACUUCUAUGAGUAUGAUGCUGAUGGGCAACUUCAAACUGUUUCUGUAAAUGACAAAACUCAGUGGCGUUACAGUUAUGAUUUGAAUGGAAACAUCAAUCUUUUGAGCCAUGGGAAUAGUGCCCGUCUCACUCCUCUCCGAUAUGACCUCCGAGACCGCAUCACCAGACUAGGAGAAAUUCAGUACAAAAUGGAUGAAGAUGGCUUUCUGAGGCAGAGGGGAAAUGACAUAUUUGAAUAUAAUUCUAAUGGCUUGCUGCAGAGGGCCUACAAUAGGGUUUCUGGCUGGAGUGUGCAGUACUACUAUGAUGGGCUUGGGCGACGUGUUGCCAGUAAAUCCAGCCUAGGGCAGCACCUCCAGUUCUUUUAUGCAGACCUUGCCAACCCCAUAAGAGUUACUCAUCUGUAUAACCACACCAGCUCGGAAAUUACAUCUCUGUAUUAUGAUCUCCAAGGUCAUCUGAUUGCUAUGGAGUUGAGCAGUGGUGAAGAAUACUAUGUGGCCUGUGAUAAUACAGGCACCCCACUAGCUGUGUUCAGCAGUCGAGGUCAGGUCAUGAAAGAAAUAUUGUACACACCUUAUGGCGAUAUCUAUCAUGACACUUACCCAGACUUCCAAGUCAUCAUUGGUUUUCAUGGAGGACUCUACGAUUUCCUUACUAAAUUAGUGCACCUGGGGCAAAGGGAUUAUGAUGUUGUUGCCGGGCGAUGGACAACACCCAAUCAUCACAUAUGGAAACAGCUGAACCUCCUUCCCAAACCAUUCAACCUCUACUCCUUUGAAAAUAACUAUCCAGUUGGCAAAGUUCAAGAUGUUGCUAAAUAUACCACAGACAUUGGAAGUUGGUUGGAGCUAUUUGGUUUCCAGUUACACAAUGUACUACCUGGAUUUCCAAAGCCAGAAUUAGAAAAUUUAGAACUAACUUAUGAGCUUCUACAGAUUCAGACAAAAACUCAAGAGUGGGAUCCUGGAAAGGUGAUCCUGGGGAUUCAGUGUGAGCUGCAGAAACAGCUCAGGAAUUUCAUUUCCUUGGACCAACUCCCCAUGACGCCCCGAUACAAUGAGGGGCGGUGCGUUGAAGGAGGAAAGCAACUAAGGUUUGCUGCUGUCCCUUCUGUCUUUGGAAAAGGUAUUAAAUUUGCCAUCAAGGAUGGCAUAGUCACAGCUGAUAUUAUAGGCGUAGCCAAUGAAGAUAGCAGGAGGCUCGCUGCCAUUCUCAAUAAUGCUCAUUAUCUGGAAAACUUACAUUUCACCAUAGAGGGGAGGGACACUCACUAUUUCAUUAAGCUUGGUUCUCUGGAGGAAGAUCUGGUGCUCAUUGGUAACACUGGGGGGAGGCGGAUUCUGGAGAAUGGCGUCAACGUCACUGUGUCCCAGAUGACGUCGGUGUUGAAUGGGAGGACUAGACGGUUUGCCGAUAUUCAGCUCCAGCACGGGGCCCUGUGCUUCAACAUCCGGUAUGGGACAACUGUGGAGGAAGAAAAGAAUCACGUGUUGGAGAUUGCCAGACAGCGCGCUGUGGCCCAGGCCUGGACUAAGGAACAAAGACGGUUGCAAGAAGGGGAAGAGGGGAUUCGGGCAUGGACGGAGGGGGAAAAGCAGCAGCUUUUGAGCACUGGGAGGGUGCAAGGUUAUGAUGGGUAUUUUGUUUUGUCUGUUGAGCAGUAUUUAGAACUUUCUGACAGUGCCAACAAUAUUCACUUUAUGAGACAGAGCGAAAUAGGCAGGAGGUAACAAAAAAAAUCUCUGCCUUUGCGUCACCAAAGACUGCCUGUUUUUAAAACAUAAAAUGGUUUAUUGUAUUGGUUUUCUAGAUCAGAAUUCUGUAUAUGUAAAUAUGGAGGAAAAACAUAUCCAACUGCCUUUCAAUGUGACAAAAGAUGGUAUUUUAAUAUUGUUUAUUUAAACUCUUUAAGAAAUAAGAGAUUUUUAGUUCUUGUGUGGCAGUAUUCAAAAUAACACAAGCAGAACUAUAAUCUGUGAAAAAAAACACUUUCAGAAAGCACCACUUUAAAUUUGCCAAGCCACGCAUACGCUCAACUAUAUACAAAGAACCCAAGGUGCCCUAUCUCUAUUUUGACAGCAAGUUUUGUAUUUAGGUGUUGGCAGAACUUGCAGACUAUUUGGAAAGGUGGUGCAAUAGUAUCUAAACUUUGCAUCUCAAAAACUGCCAUUCCUUUUACAUUUUCUGGAUCUACUAUAGAAAAUUUCAAAUGAAGUGUAAAAUAUCCUCAGCCACCAUCUCCUAGAAUCUGGAACCAUUUUUCCUCCCAUCUUGAUUAUUCCUCCUUGCUUGUUCAAGUAAAUGCCAUGUUGUUGUGCAGUGUUUUGGUGUGUAGUGGCUGGAUUCUGGCUACCAUACCUCUCCAUGGUGUGGUAAGCAGACUAAGGAGUCACUGUUUGCCAUGUGUAUGUGAUACCAAAGCAGCUGGCCAGUGUGAUUUCUCCCAUGUAACCUGUUUUAACUCAGUUUUUAGCCAAUCGUCAAGCUGCAUCGGUGUCAUGUAAACAUAGCUUUUAUUAACCUCGGUAGGAGUUUCUCAGUUCUAUAUAGGGUGUGUUUUGGUCAUAGUUUCACAUUAGUGCUUCAGUAUUCAUACACUAAUCCAAUGGUUUUGUGCACAUGAAAGGUAAUUUACUAAAAAGUAUGAUUCUGACACAAAAGAAGCUUUAGCAGGCCGACAUGCCUGGGAUGUCAAUAAAUACAUUAACGACUCCUGCAGAAAUUCAUAAAAGCCAAAACUUUUUUUAAAAAAGCCUAGAAGGAAACAAAAGAAAAAUAUAGGACCAAAGGAAAAACCAAAGGAGACAUCACAGUAGUUGCUACCACAUUGUUUUAACCCACCUAGAUUUAUCUUUCAAAUGUACAAUUCUAUAUUAAACCUCUCCCACCUGUAUUCAGACAAUUGAACUAAAGGAACCCUUUCCAACCUAAAGCAUGUCAAUUAAUUAAAAAGAGGUAUACUACUUUUUACAAACAGAACUUAUAUAGUUCUGCCUUUACUUCUUUAUUUUCAUUUAAUCAUUUCUUCACCCAUUUAAUUGUAUUAAAAUAACUUUUUCAAAGCAAAUUAUUUGUUCUGCGAUCACUUCCUGGUGGAAGGAAGAUCAGGAGUACUGUUAAUACGAGCUGCAGUUCUCAUUCUCCACAAAUCCUGUGGUAAAAGAAGCUCCUGGUUGAGCUGGGAGAUUAGUGCCCCAUGACCAAGGGAAAGUUUGUAAGAUGCUGUGUAAUUCUAAGUUACUGCAAAUGAAAUUACAUGACAGUACAGUGUGGCCUGGAGAUAAUUUCCCGGAGCCAGCUCCUGCACUUCCAUCACUGAGUCGAAACACUUAUGUCUGUGGGAGAACUGAUGGGAGAAUGUUCAUUUGGAUUUUUUCCAGCUACUGCCUAAAAACAGUUUGGGGUCACUGCCUUACUUUAUAAUGACAGUUUCACUGAAAAUAUGUGAAGUCAGGGUCCCAGCUCAUAUUAAAUUUUCUAAGGAGUCUGCCUCUUACUAUACAAAGAAAGGAGAGGAAAGGGAAGGACCCCAGUAGAUAAUAAGGGAGGGUGUAUUGAAGCAUUUCAUUUUCAAAAUGUUCAGGUUAGGAUUGCCACAUUCUUACACGUGUGUCCCGAGACAGAAAGAUACAGAAAAUUCAUGAUGAAUUUAUCUCUUGGUAUUGCAAGUUUACCAGCACAAGAUACUGCUAAUCCAGGCUAAAAUUUAUUUUGGGUUUUUUUCUGAAUUAGGCUUGUCUUAUAAGGUAUAGUAUUCAGGUUGGAACUCUAAAAUUACUGACAAACCUGUUGAAAAUUUGAAUACCUCCACACCAACCUAAAAGUAGACCUUAAGUUCCUAGAACCUCUGAUGUUCUUUUAAAUUAAUGGAACAACAAUUUGUAGAGUGCAUUCAUAAAUGUGAUGAUGUAUUUUAUCACUGAUCCAAGAUGUCAAUAUUAGAGUCUAUUUUGCUUAUAUUUUAAGUGAUUAUACUUUUUGCAAUUUACUGAUGAUGUAUCAUUUUCAAACUGCUUUAAAUAUCAUUAGAAACAAAUAUUUGAAGCUUUUACUUAAUAGUAAUUACCUUGAACUGUGCAUUUCUAGUUUGUAAUACAUAUUUAGUUAGUUUGUGCCUUUAGUUUCUUAAAUUAUAUUUGUAUUAUAUUCAGGAAAUGCACUUUUUAUCACUUAUAGCUGUGGUUUUAAUACUGCCUUGAACUACUACUGCUGUUCUCUUUACAACUCCUAAAGUUUUUGAGAGAAAAGAAAAAAACAACUAAAAGGCUAGCACUAAUGAGUAGUAAAUCUAAGAGAAUUGUUUUGGAAUUUCUUAAUAGGAGCAUGGAGAUAUUCAGUAAUGCCACUUCCUAGUCAGCUGGAUAGAAAGAAUGCCUUCAUUGACUUGUACUUCUGAAGUUUGAAUUAACAAAAAAAUCCCCAAUAUAUUUGUAAUUCCUGAUGAAAGUAAAAGCAUUUUCUAGAGGAAUGUAUGACUUUCUCACACCCAGAAGACGAGUGGCUGACACUGUACAGCUACACACCAUUCGAGUAAAUGAAGUGAGCACACAGUGGUUGGACUCUCCUAUGCAGAGCAUUCUGAGGUUGAGGCAGGGAAUACUCCAUGGUUGGUUUUGUUUUCUCAGUUAGGCCCACUUAAUUUGGGUUUGGGUUUUGUUUUAUUUUCACUCUUGCACUGUAGUCUAGGGAUCCAAAUGAGCUGAAAAGUUCAAAGUUUAAGAGAUAUUUACAUGUUUCUUUUUAGUCAUUCUAAUCAUUGUUGAUUAGCAGCAUGACUCCUGAAGGAAAAUGGAAUAGAGCUCAAUUCAUACUAAUUUUAAACAAAACAUCAUAGAAAUGUUUUAUUUUUAACCCAACAAAAUAAUGUAUAAGAUAAGAGUGUCAUGUCAUUUAUUGUCAAUUUAUCUAGAAUAUCUAUAAUAUGUAGACUACAUAUACAUAAUUUACGCAACAUAGCCAAAUGUAUGAAAAUUUGACAAUGUAUAAUUUGGAAUUCAUGUCCUACUUACAUAGAGAAGUAUCAAAUUAAGUUAUAACUUUCAUAAGAUUUUUCAGCACUGCUGACACAGUUUGAGGCACUCUACCAUGUUAUUUCUAUUCUUUGCCUUUCUUUCAUUUUUCACACUAAGUUUUUACCAGACCAGGCCACACUGUAAUAUCUCUUGAGAGAGUCAGGGCAAAGUCUUUGCAUUUAUGAAGAUGCAUUUGUGUUAAGGCAAUUUCAUGGAGUUAUGUGGCAAUGGAAGCAAAAAUAUAGUAAUCAACUAUUAAAAGAAAAUUGUGGUGAGACUGGAGUAUUAUUAUAGCUUGUGGGAUAACAUGAAGCUACAGACUGGAUGCAGCAUUCUUGUUUUCUUGAAGGUAUUCACAUACACUUUACUGACCUGACUAGUACUUCAGAUGUCAGACUGCUCUUCCACAGCCUUCUGUAAAGUUCUUUACUGUGCAAAGAAAACAAAAACAAAAAGAAAAGCAAAACCAAAAAAAAAGAAAAAGAAAAAAAAGAACAAAAAAAAAGCAAAAUGAUUUAAAAAAAGAAAACAACAAAAAAAAGAAUUCAACUGCAAAGUAGUGACUAUUAUUUCAGUGUGUCCUUCAUAUGAAAGCUAUUAAGGACCAAAUAUACUGCUGUGUGUAUGAAGAAAUUACUUGCUGAACAGUAACUGAAAAUACUUAGCAUUAACUUGCUGUGGAUUUUGUCUUGGCAGUUGUCACCUUACAUUAUUUGUCAAAGGAAAUGUGUUUGGCACUUAAAAAUCUUUCCUUAGAUUUAGUGGUGGACUUUAACCUCUUAAGUAAAUGUUAGUAUAUCAGAUUGUGUCCUUGAAAAAUAUUUUACUUGUAUGAAUCAUGACAAUGUCUAAAUCUUUACUAUUCUUCUGGCAAAAGCAUCAGUGAGAGAGAAGGAGAGAAAGAGAAGUAUAGCCUUUUCAUCCGAAAAAAAUACUCUAUUUAGCUGCUUACUUUCUCUUGAAAAGUGAAGAUGUUUACAGUGUAUGCCAAGAUUUUCAGUUUCUAUAUAACAACAGUUAGAGGUUCUAAUCAUACUGAAAAUUAUGUUAUAAUGGCCUGAGCCAUGUUGCUAGGAAACAAUAGGUUCCAAUUUUGUAUUCCUGCUCUCACUCCUAUGCUGAAAAGUGACUGGAUACUGUACAGGUACAUGUUCUGUGGCUGCAGUUAAAUGGUCUUUUGCAUUUUGCUCUGGCUUUCAGGCCAGAAGCAUGCAUUUUUCUACAAGAGCAUCACAACACCAUGCUGUAAAUAUUUAAAGUUCAACAUUAUGUGUCGAUCUUUGAAAGAAAAGUACUUUGAAUAUUUCAUUUUUAAAAAAUAAAGUUGCAAAUGA